CAGCAGUGAGCAACACUGUCGCCCCUGCUUGUCGUGUUGUGUUUCAGUGACGCUGGUCUGUUGUCUAGCUACCGCUGUAUCUUCUUUGGGUAGUCUCACAGCAUGCGUCCUUGUUCUCGCCUGCUUGCGGCUCCCGCCACGCAACCAUUCCGUCCCGGUCGACGCGCGCAAGCUGUCAAUCUUCUUCCACCCAUACCUCUGUAUCGGAGACUGCUGCGAAUUCAUCGCAAAAAGUUGAGUCCGGAGGAACGCCUAUUCGGGGAUACAUAUCUCAAAGCUGAAUUCCGCCGUCAUCGGGACAUUGAAAAUCCUCUACACAUCGUGGGAUUCUUGACGGAAUGGCAAAACUACGGGCAACAGUUGGAAGGUGAGGGUUGGAAAGAGGGAAAAAUCGACAUGGAUCUGGUGGAUAAAAUGAGCGAUCAACAGAUUGGACAAAUGUAUGAGUUGAUGGAGGCUAUCCGCAAGCAAGGCAGGGACAGUGUGGACGAGGAAGAGGAAGGUCGGAUACUCGAUGCAAUUGAGGAAGCUACAACAGGGAACAAAAAGCCGUCAUGAGCCGGGAAAGAGAUUGAUGUCAGUCCAACAAGCCCAGUGACACUCCUCUGGCGUAGGAUCCUGGUCUGCGCAGGCGAGUGAAGUGUGCUCACAAACAAUGGCCCAUCACUGUGGUGACAUUGCCCUUGCAAUUCCUGAAAACACUCCUGCCAAACGACAACACAUAUAAGGCACCUGGAUCGUCAGACCCGUCCGGCCUCGCUGGAGGGACACCUACUUCAUCAGUACAUCGCGGAGGCACCUCAAGAUUAGCACAAUAUCACAGCACCAAUCCAUCUGCGAGCACGGAACUCUCUACAAGCCUGCACCGUCACGGCGCCUGCAGCACAAUAUGUGUCAGGCAGAACUCAACAAGUCUUUCACCUGCCGUCAUAAGUGGCUGACAAUUGUCAGGAAAUGCGAGGAUGGAGGAGGGUUCAACGACAAUCACCUUCACAA